UAUAAAGCAUGUUUCAUACAGACUUAGAUUCAAGGUGCUGUACAGAGAAGUUAAAACAACUCAAUUCAAAGUUAAGACAACACAACUGAAAAGAGCAAUGUAAAAGAGAUAAAUCUAUAUAGAAUUUUUUUUAAAGAUAAAAGAGCAAACGAAUAAAAAUAAAUAAAAGAUUUAAAAUAAUAAUACAAUGAUAAUAAGGUCUAAAAAACAUUUAGUUAAAAGCGCUUGAGAACAAUAAGGUUUUCGGAGUGGAUUUAAAAUAUGCAAUGGUUGGGGCAUUCCUAAAACCAUCAGGCAUUCAUACAUUCUUUGUAAUAUAAGCCCUGCCCACAGCACUUGAGCAAACUUUGAGGACCACCUAGAGCAAAACUGCAUGCAUAUCAAAAAUCCAAAAAAGUAAUUUUUUCCGGCUUGGUCCAGAGAUUUUCUGUACCAAAUUUGGUGACGAUUGCUCAAAAUGUGUAGGAGGAGUAGUGAAAAAACUGAUUUGGACAAAAUUCAAAAUGGCAGAAAAACACAAAUGGGUGUGGCUUAUAUGGAUAAAUUCAUCUGGACCUACAGAAUCCAAGGAAAAAAAUUUGUUUCUGAGACUUACGGUUCAAAAGUUACAGGCCAAAACGUAAAGUUUGUUGCUAUAGCACCCUCGAAGUAGCCUAUGAUUUCAGCCAUUGUUCCAGAAAAGCCAACCCAGUUUUCCAUUCUAUGUAAAAGUAUGCAGUGAUCAGCUGUAUCAAAGGACGCACUAAGAUCCAAAAGUUGUAAAAGUAAAAAUAAAAUUGAUGUCUUGCUUAAAUCACUAUUAAAACAAAUAUCAUUUAAAACCUUUAUAAGAGCCGUGAUUGGCUUGAAAGCCUGAUUGAAAUUGAUAGUCAUUUAAAAUUAAGAAGUGUGUUAGCUGAUUAGAAACUGCCUCUAUAAUUUUGCCUAAAAAGGGUAGGUUUGAGAUGGCUCGGAAGUUGCUGAGGGUAGAAGUAUCCAGGUUGCCUUUUUUUAAAUAAGGGCUUAACAACUGCAAUUUUCAAGGAUGAAGGAAAGGUGCCAGACAGAAGGGAUCCAUUCACUGUGUUAAGAACAUCAAUUUAUAUGGAGCUAAAAACAGUUUUUAAAAAGUUAGUGGGCAAACUGUCAAGACAAAAAGUGGAUGAAUUAAUGUGCUGCGCUAUUUCUAUUAAGGUAUCUCUGUUGAUGGGCCUGAACUCUGACAUCAGGACUGGGUUCCUUGUAGUUGUAGUUGGUAAAUUGAGAGUUUGGCUCAGGCUUGAGCUAAUCUCAAGUCUGAUACCAUAAAUUUUAUUUUUAUAAAAGGACGCAAAUUCAUCACACUUAUCAGCUGAGAGAAAAUCAGGAGCUAGUUGUUUAGGAUUUGUCAGUCUUAUUACUGUAGCAAAUUAGAUGUGUGCAUUAUUUUUGUUUGUGCGAUUGUUAUUUCGUGCAAAUUGUAUUGUUGUAGGAGUGGAGCAUGCCUUUGUAGAUAUCAUAGUGUAUUUGAAGUUGGGUUUUAUGCCAUUUGAGUUCAGCUUUUCUUAGUUUAAAGAGAAAUUUGCCUUUAUUUAACAACUGCAGAGGGUCAGGACCUGAUCUGAUCAAUAGCAUUUUUAGGUCACAACCUCAACAGUGUGGAUACACUGAUGUGUGAAAGGUUUUUGUUUAUACCUGCAUUUUCUAUAGUCAGCCAUCCACCCUGAAAUGCCAAACUUUCUACGUACAGUACAAAACAGUUCAAUCUUGUCACCACACCACUCACCAUAUGACAAACCUGGUUGAAUGGAUACACUGAACCGAUAUACAUCACCACUUACUCCACCUGAUCUUUUGAGUAAAGUACCAGUCUGUCAGCUCAGACUCCUCAAUGAUUAUGUUUCGAAUAGAUUUUCUUAUUUACAUCUUUCAACUUGUGUUGCCAGAGUUUGAAAUAAAGACUGAGGGUCAUAAAUGCUUCCUGCUAAGCAAGGCUUAUGGUAAUGUCUGGACUUCUGCAUUACAGUACGACCCUUAAUCACUGCCAUUAAACAGAAAGAGAAAAAUACAGUCAAUGACAACACCUGUAUCAAGUUAUCAGCAAGCACAAAAUCAAACGAUCACAGAAGAAACUGAAGUUGUCAGAAAGUUGACUUGAUAACAUUGUUGCUAAGCGACAAUUCGGCCAUGUUUGUAAUAGCUUGACAAGCUGUCAGUCAUACCUUUUGAAAAACUUCAGGUUUGGGGGAUGUGUGUGGAUUUAAGGCCAAACUUGAGACAAAAAAAAAACAUUUUCAAAUGUAUCUGCAGUGCAGACAAGGUUUUAAAGAGUGUGGGCUGACUUGAAACGUGUUCCAGUGGAUUCCAGAGGAUUCGUGUGCUCGUGCAAAGCUCUGACAACUGAGACUUAAUGUUUGGCUGCCAAACAGCUUCUCAUGCUAGAUUGUCACAAAAAAAAAUCAAACUUGGAUGACAAACAAUAUGAAAAUAUGGAUGCCAUGACAAGAUUACACAAAAUGAGUCUACCUGUAAUACCCAAGAAAGAAAGGUGUUUUUGACAGCACAUGAAUGCACCUUUCCAAAUGACAAGUGAUGAUAAGUUCACAUUUUCAACUGUAUUACCACACUAUGAUACUGUGACCAAUAGAAAGCAUGAAAUUGAAUGUGACUCAUAACCUCAAGCAAGCUUCAAGUACAGUUUGAUGUUCAUGCUGCAGGGAAAUGAAUGGAAACCAUGUGUGACAGAAAGUUAGGGAAAAUGCAUCAUACGUUCUAAAAAGCUUUGGUCAGCAGCAAUGUAAAGUAUACAUGAAUGAAAUGGACCAAAUCAAGAAGAAACUCUAUUGUGUUUUCAGUGGAUUUGUUUCAAGUUGUUUCAACCUUUGCAUAUGGCACUGACACACAAAAUAUUCAAAUGGCUGAAAAGUUUGGAUAAAUAAAUGAAACCUGCCACUACUGGUCAGACUCCAUAUUCUGAUGACUAUGGGCAAAAAUUACUCUUUAGAAGUUCCACUUUGAGUAAAAUAUAUAGAGUUUGUGUCAAAAUUUAGAAGUCAAGACUUUACAUCGUCAGCCUUAAGUUAGGGGUCAUAGCGAGUGUUGGCCUGAGUGAAGGCAUGUUAUUGGCCAGAGUCACAGCCAUGGUUGUGGUUUGUGCAUAAGUGAAUAUAACUGAGGCCCUCGUGAACGACAGCAGUACUUGACUGGGUGAGUUCGCCUUGUGUUACACUUGUGAUUGAUUGCAUCACUGCAGUGGAAAGUCGGGUGUCAGGGCUUUUAUGGGCGACUACAGUACAGUGGUGUUGAAUUUCAAUGGAUAUGCCCUUGGCCAGAUAGGCCAUGAUACUAUCCAGUUCCCACACACACACACACACACACACACACACACACACACACACACACACACACAUUUAGAACAUGCAAAAUAAUUUUUCUUUUUAAACUUUUGCUUAUUUUGUCUGUUUGUAUGUGAAACAACCGUUUUCUCUUUAUAGGUUAUGUGAUCUUUUCAACUUUAUCAACAGAAAAAAUAUGUGCCAGUCUGUUGGCACAAAUAUCAGAAAGGUACAACCACACCUGUGCUGACAUCACCUCAUUCCAUAGGCUCUGAUUUCGGGUCCACCGUAAACACAAUGUAUGACAGUUCACUGUGUGUGUGUGUGUGUGUGUGUGUGUAUGUUCACCCCCGUUCUGCUCUCAGCCGGGUCCUCCUAAAACUAAUUGCAGUUUCUUUCUCUCUCCCUCUCUGAAUGACAGCGAGGAUUUCGCUUCGCCCGGAGCGACGUCACACCAAGGUGGAAGAAGAGGAGCGCAUUUUUUCCUCCCUUUAUCAUCCAAGGAAAACACAUCGACAGACUGUGGCACACAGACGCCUCUACCUGCCGCCGGUGCGCACCAAAAAAUUACUUCAAGUUCAUCGGUGAGUCAGUUCACAGCGCGUAGAGAACGACCAACAUCCAGCAGCACCACCAAAACGCUUUGUUUUAUUUGUAAGAGAGGCAGCAGUGCUCUUCUUCUUUAACAUCAUCAUUUCAUCGGGUUAAACAUCACCCAAAGAGUGGCGAGACUCCGACUGUCCUCACGACCGGAGCUGUUUCGUGCGCUGUUUCGCAGUCAGAGAGGACUUCGCUGCUUGGAGUCACUUUCUCGUUCCUGCUCAGACCGUUUUGAAAGCAUGCAGUGUGCUGCGACAGAUAGAGCAGAACGACAAUGAAGAGGUUAACCACACCUUUGAAAGCGGACAUCUCUUCAGUAGCCUCUUGACCAACUUUGUUGCGCAUUAAGAUGCGCCCGACAGAAGAGGAGUUGGAUGAUGAACUUUUUGCGCUCUUGUUGACAGACAGUUUCCAGUGAGCUUUUGCUGAGUGUACCGUCAGAAAACAAGGACCUCCUAUGUAUUUAAGAAGUAAUCCAACUCGGUGUUGGCUGAGCUCGUCAGUACUUUAAACUUUGCUGGGGAACCUCCUUGAGGAUUUGCUGCAUUCACCAUGACGGUUCGUCUAUCACGGAUCCAAUUGGCCCUGUUCUUUAUCUUGCUCUGUCCAGUCAAUAUCAUCGGACUCUGGUGGGCGGUGGGCAGUCCGCUGGUGAUGGACCCCAACAGCAUUUGCAGGAAGGCGAAGCGUCUAGCGGGGAAGCAGGCUGAGCUGUGCCAGACUCAGCCAGAGAUUGUCAGUGAGGUGGCCAAAGGAGCCAGGCUGGGCGUCAGGGAGUGCCAGUACCAGUUCAGGUACCGCCGGUGGAACUGCACUAGCCACAACAAGUACUUUGGCAAAAUACUGCAGCAAGAUAUCCGGGAGACAGCGUUUGUUUAUGCCAUCACAGCGGCUGGUGUGACCCACGCUGUGACCCAGGCCUGCAGCAUGGGAGACCUCCUGCAGUGUGGCUGUGAGGCGACCAGGAACAGAGCACCUCCAAGGCCGUCUUCAUCCUCCUCCUCUGGGGAUGGAGUCAAGUGGGAGUGGGGGGGCUGCGGAGAUGAUGUGGAGUUUGGUUAUGAAAAGUCGAAACAGUUUAUGGAUGCCAAGAGGAGAAGGGGCAAGAGCGACAUCAGGACACUCAUUGACCUGCACAACAACGAGGCUGGGCGGCUGGCAGUGAAGCUCUACAUGCGGACAGAGUGCAAGUGCCACGGACUGUCGGGCUCGUGCACCUUGCGCACAUGCUGGAAAAAGAUGCCUCAUUUCCGCGAGGUAGGCGACCGCCUGCUGGAGCGCUUCAACGGCGCUUCCAAGGUGAUGGGUGGCAACGACGGCAAGACCCUGAUCCCUGUCGGUCAGAACAUAAAGCCGCCAGAUAAGCAGGAUCUGAUCUAUUCUGACGAGUCGCCCGAUUUCUGCCUUGCAAAUCGGAAAACUGGUUCACUGGGGACACGGGGGCGCGUGUGCAAUAGCACAGCCAUGGACAUUAGUGGCUGCGACCUGCUGUGCUGCGAGCGUGGUUACCGGGAGGAAACAGUGGUAUUUGAGGAGAACUGUCUGUGUCGUUUCCACUGGUGUUGUGUGGUCCAGUGCAAGAAAUGCUUGGUCCGAAAAGAGCUUAGUCUCUGUCACUGAUGAACUGAUGAACUGAGGUUGAGAACAACCAAUAUGACUUGGUUAAUUAUAAUUACAUCUGUUACUUUUUGAGGUUUUUGCUUUAGUUUGGCUAGUGUGAAAGAAGGAUAACGUAUGGACUUUUUUGCACCAGUCACAGUCAGAUAAUGCCCCAAAAAUGUUCAUUUCAAAUAGUAUUUGGUCCCAUUUCUGGCUGUUUGGUCCCCAGGAAUUUUGACUUAAGAGGUGCUAGCCAAAAGUUCAAAAGGUACAGAUAGUAAAUGCAACACAUGGAAACAAUGGCAAGGGGGAAUAAAAUAUGUAAAAUAGAAAGUAAGAUGUUUCUUUCUGUACUACCUAUUUUUUUUUUUUUUUUUUUUUGUAUAUGAAAAAGGACCAAAGAAUGUGAAAAUUUUCCAUUUCAGUGAAAGAGGAGGACCUAUGCACGGAGGACCUACAUGUGGAACAGUUUCACUUCCACUAUCAGUUCAACAGAAGAGCUUGAUGUUGACUGCUAUCAAAAACCAAAGAGUUUUAAGCUUCAACUUGUGCCGAUGCACCUGAUUUGAUUAUGGAAUUUCCUUAAUUGAACGUUCGCUAAGCCCCGUACCCCUUAUUAUUUUCUGUUGCUACCCCUGCCGAGCUUCCCAUUCUCACAUGGCACAUAUGCAGUUUACAAUAACAGUGGAAGAUUUACCACUCAAAAUUCAGAGGUAAACCAAAGUUUUCAGUUUUGUCGGUUGAAGUUACAAAUGUCACUUAUAGCUUUAAUCAGCUGAAGCUAGCUAGCUAAUUACACGAAUGAGUUGGUUGAAAAUGCAGUCUCUGUCUGACAUGAAAAUGGGAACAGUUAAAGAGUUGCUCCUUGAUUUUGGAAGUAACUCUGUGUUAGGUUACUAGUGUAGGUAGUAUGCUAUUUAGAUGGACAUGCUAAAAUUUGCAGCCUUCAUUAGAGCAGGUAAACACACUGUUGAAUCCAUUCUAUACACUUUUACUCUUGUGUUUUGGGUUUUCAGAAAGGCUAAAAAACAUAACCACCCUAUAAACUCUUUAUAUACGGAGCAUCACUCUUACUACAGCCCCAUGGACAUCGCUUCUGCAUGUGGACCUUGACAUGCCUUGUUACGGUUGCUAAACUAUCAUUGGACAAUUGCUGUUCAUGGGAGGGGUUUAGCGAAAGGUCAAUUGUAUAAACUGGCCGCUAUUCUACAAGGUCCACACUAACUAUUAUGAAACUUUUUGAGCAUCUAAGGAUUCUUUUUCUACUAUCUGUUGUUUUAAGUCCUUCAGAGACAUUGCUUUCUAUCUACAAUAUGCUGUAGGAUCAUAGAAAGAUUAAGGAUCUCACUAUGGCUACAGUAUUCAUGAUUAUUCAUUACCGAUAAUCAGAGCAUCUUUAUAUUUUACCACCCCAAAAUCUUUAAAAAUGUUGAUAUCAGUCUGUCUCUCAGUUACUGUAGCCUAGUCGUUUAAUUGAACAGGCACACCAAAUACAAAAAGAUGCUGGUCUUGACUUGUUUUUAUUUUUUUCACAAAAAAGGGAAAUGGUAUCACAUUAUCAUAUUUGAAGGUGUGGACUUGGCCUGCCAUCAAAGACUGUUAUUUAUAUAAAGAUAUGAUCACAAGACUACUCACUUCCAUCUCUCUCAGAAGCACUUUGGAUACGAUGGGUGCCGUGGACUUCCUCAAUAGCUUGGCAAUAAAACCUUUUGGGGUUUUCUGUUUCUAUUAAACCAAAAGAGAAACCUAUAUUUACAUGACAUUGUUUGGCAUCACGAAAAUGUAUAUAAUGCAUUUUGUUUGUAUCUGUUAUGAUAUACAGGGCUAAUGUAAUAAUGCACUUUGGAUGUUAGCUUUUGUUUGAUACUGUAUGUGCAUAAUGUGUGUGUAUGUGCAUAAUGUGUGUGCGUGUGUGUGUGUGUGUGUGUGUGUGUGUGUGUGUGUGUGUGAGAGAGAGAGAGAGAGAGAGAGAGAGAGAGAGAGAGAGAGAGAGAGAAAGUGUUGAGUGUGUGUUUGUGCAGGUUGGCCAGUUAUCACCGUAUCCUUCAGUUGACAGUACCUUUUAUAUAUCUUUAAGUUGCUGUCUGACGUUAAACUGCAUUAUGUUGGUUAUUAAAAGCACACUGCUCUUUGACUCUCUGUCUCUGUGUGAGGCAGACUAGAUCUUUUAUUUGUUGUUUGUUUUCAGAGGAAGUAUGUUUCCCAUAAACCAUAAAUCAUGUCAUCUCAUUUACACUUAAGUUUUAUUACCAGACAAUGUACAGUAAGUAUGCUGAACUAUAAUACUGCAUUGCUUCCACUUGUUCUGUUAAGGUUGUUUGUUUAUGAGUGAGUGAAGUAGGAUCCUAUCUUACCCAAAAGGAUUCUCAUUUUGAUCCUACAGUUGGUGGCGUUUAUGUUUCAGGAAGUUAUCAUGAUUCAGAUCUGGCUGUUCCCAAAGUUACAUUGUUAAUUUCAUUAUCUGCUGUAUAACAGCUUUUUGCUGGGCCAAAAUUAAAUAACCACCUUGAUUAGCGACACGUUUUAGGAUGACUGUAUUAUGGGCAAUAUCUCCCGAGCCCUUCAUAAAAUGUAUAAUGUAUAAAAAGUAAAACCUGAGUGUGCAGCAUUGUAGUAACUUUUCAACUAGACCAGCAUAAUUUUUAUUCCAAAGUGAGAUAUCCAUCAUUCAAAAAAAUAUUGGUAAAUAGGUAAAGUACAUUUUGAGUAACAAUGGAUGUUAGCAGUUAUCCUUACAUUUAAGGGACAAUAGUCAGUUGGUUUUUGAAAUAUUCAUAUAAAGCAUUUUGGAAAGAAACCACUCACCUAUUUUAAGACAAAAGCCUGAAUCCAUUUGUAUGAACAAUGCCCCCAAAGUGUCAUAUUUUGCAGUUAGCAUGUGCAGUUGCAAGACAGCAGUCUUGUCAUUUCAAUGACACAGUGCACAGUGACUCAGUACAACAUAUUGGGUCAUUAUUAACAUGAUCACUAAUGCAGCAAUCAAGCAAAUGAGAGUAUUUCUACAGUAUAAGCAGCACACAUGUAUUUAAUAUUAGAAUGAGAUCAAUAAUUAAAAAAAAAAUAACAGUCAGACACACUGGUUAUGAAAGGGCCACAUUUUAUCAGUACCACCACUGAUUUUUUUCUGGCACAACAGUAAAUCUAUGUACAUGGUAAUCAUGAUGACAUGCUUUUCAGUUAGUUAUUGUUGCUGUAACUUUGAUUGUGUUAAUAUAAGGCCUCAUGAUGGUAGUAAUUAUCAGAAAUAAUGGACCCACAGAAGUCACAUAAUGUGAUGUUCGUAUGAUGUUUUGGGUUGACGUCACAAUUUAUAGCUAUAACUUCUGUAACUCCUUUAAUGGGAAUACCAGAAUGACUCAACCCAAAGUCACAUUAACUGUGCCUUCUAAUUUUGUGUACUUCUUUAUCUGACCUGUCAAGUGAGGUGAACCUAAGACCAUUUCAAUAUCUGCGAAUGUUAAAUUAAGCACAUUCCAACUACAGUACUUCCAAUGUUUGGACAUAAUUCUAAUCAGAAAACAACAGAACGUAACAGUAAGAGAGCAAAAGGAAAGAGGAUAUAAUGCUUUUUUUUUAUCAGAAUGGAAUUGUAAAACAUUUCAGCCACAUAAUGCAACCCAUUUUGCCCAACUAGGUUGUGCUGGUGUCAAACAACGUACCUGUCCACAGGUGUUACAGAAUUCAUGGAUUUGUCAUUUAUUUAAAGACAUUUUGUCAUGUUUGCUUCACAUUUUGUUAUGCUCUUCAUUUUUGUAUUCUUCAAAAAUCAUUUCAUAUCUGGAUGUUAUGUUGCAUUUUCAUUUAGCAUAAAACUACCGUUUGUGACUCACAUUCAAAACACUAUUCAAAUAAAAAGUAAAACAUU